AACAACAAAUAAAAUAAGAGGUCGACUACAAUUACUAUUUUUGGAGUGAUAACAACUUUAUCUACAGUCACGUUAUUACGUAAUGUGUAACUUAUUGAUAACAGUUUAGUUGUUUAGUUGUCACGUUCGUGAUACAUUGCCAAAAUCGUUAUGAAUUUCGCCGGCAAAGUUGUAAUAGUUACCGGUGCUAGUUCCGGUAUCGGGGCCGCUACCGCCGUGUUUCUUUCGAAACUAGGAGCCAAACUCUCGCUCACUGGAAGAAACGUCGAGAACCUAAAGAAGGUCAGUCAAGACUGUGAGAAAGCCACCACUACACACUACAUCGCCGCCGAUUUGACUAAGGAAAGCGAUAUUGAAAAUAUCGUUAAGAGCACCAUAGAUAAAUACGGGCAAUUGGAUGUUCUUGUCAACAAUGCUGGUAUACUUGAGACUGGUUCUAUCGAGAAUACUUCUUUAGCGCAGUACGACAGGUUAAUGAACACGAAUGUUCGUUCUAUUUAUUACUUGACAAUGCUUGCGGUUUCGCACCUUUUGAAGACGAAGGGUAAUAUUGUAAAUGUGUCCAGUGUCAAUGGGAUCAGGUCUUUCCCUGGUGUGCUUGCAUACAAUGUGUCAAAGUCAUCUGUAGAUCAGUUUACAAGGUGUGUAGCACUCGAACUGGCUCCGAAAGGUGUCAGAGUCAAUUGUGUGAAUCCAGGAGUGAUUCUGACGGAGCUGCAGAAACGGGGCGGGCUGAAUGAGCAGCAGUAUGCAGCGUUCUUGGAGAGGACAAAGGAGACGCAUGCUCUAGGCCGGCCUGGGAAGCCAGAGGAGGUUGCUGCAACCAUUGCUUUCCUGGCCAGUGACUUGGCGAGCAACAUUACUGGCGCUAGCGUUCCUGUGGACGGAGGCCGCCAUGCUAUGUGUCCACGAUAAUAUAUUGAUUGUAUUUUCUUAUUGUGUAGCAAAGCAUACACAUUGAAUUUAUGCAUUUUCAAAGUGUUUUAUACCUAUGUUGUACUAAAAUGAUAUAUAUUCUAGGUUAAGCAAAAAGUGUACAAACUUAUAUAUAACACAUGUUCAUAACCAUAUAUUUUGUUAACAUUGUAAUUUUAAAAUAAAAAACAAAAUUUCA